UGGCCAACCCGCCCCCUCGUGUUGCCGUUCCGGCCUUGAGUAGGUGCUACUCGCUAGCAGCACUUGCCCCAACAGUCUGUGAAGGCUACACGGGGGAUCUUUGUCAUCAUCUCCUUCCCGACAAUGGAGUGUCAAUGACAAUCCAGGAGGAUUCACCUUUUUAUCUUUUAUCGACGGACUAUUCCUCGCACAAUUCGUAGUGAUCGUCAUCUUUUACAUUUUUAACAACAACAACAAAAAAACACGUGACAAUCUCUCAAAGUAUUAUUUGCAAGUACGUAGUGGUUCUUCGAUAGUGCGGACAGCAAUAAGACUGAUUGACACAGAAGACCUGGGAAACCAUCGUCCGUCUCAUCACCGCCGUCUCUUCCACGACCCUUGCGAGUUUCUCCUCGCGCCUAGAACGACCAUGACGCCCAUCAUCACCGGAGGAGUACUCUUACUGCUCGCUUUAUCGACCCCGUCUCAAUGCGCUCCGGACAGGAGGACCCCUCCUUUGCCGGGACCCCGCGAUUUCAGGGGCUACGCGAACGCCGUCCGCUCCCAAGCAGCAGAAUUCGCGGCGGCGGCGGCGGCUUCGGCGGAGGCGACGUUGAGGAUCCGGCACGGGGAGUCGAACCGCGGUGUGGCCGGGGAAGAGGUCGAGAGACCGGAGGCAUCGGCAGAGGCGUUGAGGAUCCGGCACGGGGAAUCGAGCCGUGGCUUUGCAAGGGAAGAGGUGGUGGAGGAGGAGGAGGAGGAGGUUGCGAGGAGGAGGCUGCCGCAAGCCAUCAUCAUCGGCGUGAAGAAGGGGGGAACCCGCGCUCUUCUCGAGGCCCUUCGGCUCCAUCCGGACGUGAGGGCGGCAGGAGCUGAGCCGCACUUCUUCGACAGGAAUUACCAGCGAGGCCUCGAGUGGUACAGGAGCCUCAUGCCGCCCACGCUUGAGGGCCAGCUGACGAUGGAGAAAACCCCGAGCUACUUCGUGACGGAGGCGGCUCCGGCUCGCAUCAGCGCGCUGGCGCGGGACGAACGCGACAGCUUCCGCGGAGACCACAACGGCAGCGGCGGUGGAGGUGGCGACGGAGGAGGAGCUGGAGGAGGUGGAGACAUGCGCCUGGUGGUGGUGGUGCGCGACCCCGUGACCCGCGCCAUCUCCGACUACGCUCAGACUCUCUCCAAGCAGCAGCAGCAGCAGCAGCAACCGCCCACCGCCGCCACCGCCGGCAACGCCACGCGCGUCCCAUCCUUCGAGGCGCUGGCCUUCCGCGCCAACGGCUCGGUGGACCCGGGCUGGAGCGCCGUGCGCAUCGGACUGUACGCGCAGCACCUGGCGCGCUGGCUCCUCCACUUCCCGCUGGGGCGCAUGCUCUUCGUGAGCGGCGAGCGGCUGGUGACGGCGCCGGCCGGCGAGCUGGCGCGCGUCCAGCGCUUCCUGGGGCUGCGCCCGGUCAUCGGGGAGCGCCACUUCGCGUUCGACGCCACCAAGGGCUUCCCGUGCCUCCAGAGGAGCGGCGGCAAGAGGCCGCACUGCCUGGGCAAGACCAAGGGCAGGCCCCAUCCCCGCAUAGAGCCCGAGGUCAUCCAGAGGCUGCGGGACUUUUACAGGCCCCACAACCAAGAGUUCUACCGGAUGGUGGGGCACGACUUUGGCUGGGAUUGAUGUGGUGAAGACGGUGGUGGAGAAGGUGGUGGUGGGGUAGGAGGUUGAUGUGUUGGCGGAGAUGGUGAUGGCGUUAACGAUCGGACGGGAACUGGGGGUUACCAUCUCUGAGCUACGUAAAAUAUCUAUCCGGGGCAUUUCAUGGGGGGGGGGGGCAGGGGAAGAAGAGGAGCAUGAAGACGAAGAAUAUUCUAGAUUGGAGCGUCGCCACGCAGCUGACAACAAGCCGGGACUUGCAAAGGGCUCGCAGAUUAUCCCCGGACCGCGGCCGACCUCAACAAGAGGACGGUGCUGGGGACCAAAUUAACCGGGACAGGUGGCAACCCCUGCCGUGACACGGUGGAGACACCGACCUGAUUGGUGCUGCUGCUGCUGGUGGUGAUAUUGCCAGCGCAAAAUUUUAGGCAGUACAGCAAGAGGGUUGCCGACGCUAUCUGUCCCCGGGUUUGUCGUGAGCGCUGUGUCUGGCUUUGAGACUCGGCGAAGCCUAUUGCUGGGUAAAUUAAUAAUUACUGUUAACGUUAUUAGUUGUGUGUGCGUGUGUUUUUUAUAUCACUCAUAUUAUUAUUAUCACCGUGCAUUAUUUAUCUUUAAAAAACGCAGUCCGACGAGAGUUAAUAUCGGAUACUCUGAACGCCUAGGGACGAUGCAUAUCUCUCGUAUAUAUAUACACACACACGAUUUAUAUAUUAUCGCUGGUGCCUGAUUUCACUCAAUUGUCUUCACACACGUGCACUCGGAUAAACACACGUGCGUGCGUGUUUAGUUUACAUCGAGCAAGGAAAUAAAUGCAACCCUUGCCAGCCUUUGAAGGACUAAACAACCGACAUCCCACGGAAUUUCUCAGCUCUGCCUUUUAUUUUUAGAGCGCAGAUCUCGGAUGUUGCUUUGUAAUGUGGGGAUCGAGCGCUACUCCCUCCCGCCCCGCUUCCCCCCCCCCCCCCCCC